GGUGAACCCGUUACCUGGUAACAUCGGCCUGAAGGAAGUAAUAAUAAUAAAGGAAGUGAAUAGUGUUUCCUCUCCAGAUGAAGGUCUGGACUCUGCUAUGAGUCAGUGUGAGGACAGAGAGGAGGGAGUCCCUCCCACUAAACCCACUGGACCUGAUCCUGAACCUGGACCUGGACCUGGACCUGAUCCUGGACCUGGAUCUGGACAUGGACCUGGACCCGGACCUGGAUCUGGACCUGGACCUGAUCCUGAACCUGGAUGUGGACAUGGACCUGGACCCGGACCUGCAUCAGGACCUGGAUCUGCACUAAGCUGUGUGUCCAUGAAGAGUGACCGGUCUAUGAUUGAUAUUAUAAACUUUAAAGUUGGACAACCUGCUGAUGGAAGGAUGCAGCAGCAGAAACCCGUCUCUCCUGGACCUGGACUUGGACCUGCAUCAGGACCUGGAUCUGGACCCAGCUGUGUGUCCAUGAAGAGUGACCAGUCUAUGCCUGAUAUUAUAAACUUUAAAGUUGGACAACCUGCUGAUGGAAGAGUGGACCAGGAGAGCUCAGAGGGUCCCAGUGGUCCGUCUGCCCAGCAGCAUCAAACCCACCUGGACUCCAUCUUUAUGCUGCUGGAGGACGACAUCAUCACUUUUGUGAAGAACGAGCUGAAGAAGAUCCAGAAGGUUCUGAGUCCAGAUUACCCAGAAUGCUUAGAGAGUCAGAGAAAGGAUGAGGAGGUGUCGGACGGUGAGGAUGAAGAGCAGAGGAGGAGCAGCAGAGAGGCAUUUCUGAAGAUCACACUGCACUUCCUGAGGAGAAUGAAGCAGGAGGAGCUGGCUGACCGUCUGCAGAGCAGAAGUUAUCGUGGAGUUUGUAAGCGUAAACUCAAAUCUAACCAGCAGAAGACGUUCCAGUGUAUGUUUGAGGGGAUUGCUAAAGCAGGAAACCCAACCCUUCUGAAUCAGAUGUUCACAGAGAUCUACCUCAUGGAGGGAGGGGCUGCAGAGGUCAAUGAUGAACAUGAGGUCAGACAGAUUGAAACAGCAUCCAGGAAACCAGACAGACCAGAAACAACCAUCAGACAAGAAGACAUCUUUAAAACCCCACCUGGAAGAGAUGAACCAAUCAGAACCGUGAUGACAACGGGAGUGGCUGGCAUCGGGAAAACAGUCUUAACACAGAAGUUCACUCUGGACUGGGCUGAAGGCAAAGCCAACCAGGACAUCCAGUUCACAUUCCCAUUCACCUUCAGAGAGCUGAAUGUGCUGAAAGAGAGAAAGUUCAGCUUGGUGGAACUUGUUGAUUACUUCUUUAGUGAAACCAAAGAAGCAGGAAUCUGCAGGUUUGAAGAGGUCUCGGUGGUCUUCAUCUUUGACGGUCUGGAUGAGUGUCGACUUCCUCUGGACUUCCUCAACACUGAGAUCCUGGCUGAUGUUACAGAGUCCACCUCAGUGGAUGUGCUGCUGACAAACCUCAUCAGGGGGAAACUGCUUCCCUCAGCUCGCCUCUGGAUAACCACACGACCUGCAGCAGCCAAUCAGAUCCCUCCCGAGUGUGUUGACAUGGUGACAGAGGUCAGAGGGUUCACUGACGCCCAGAAGGAGGAGUACUUCAGGAAGAGAUUCAGAGAUGAGGAGCAGGCCAGCAGAAUCAUCUCCCACAUCAAGAGAUCACGAAGCCUCCACAUCAUGUGCCACAUCCCAGUCUUCUGCUGGAUCACUGCUACAGUUCUGGAGGACGUGUUGAAGACCGGAGAGGGAGGAGAGCUGCCCAAGACCCUGACUGAGAUGUACAUCCACUUCCUGGUGGUUCAGUCCAAAGUGAAGAACAUCAAGUAUGAUGGAGGAGCUGAGACAGAUCCACCCUGGAGUCCAGAGAGCAAGAAGAUGAUCAAGUCUCUGGGAAAACUGGCUUUUGAGCAGCUGCAGAAAGGCAACCUGAUCUUCUAUGAAUCAGACCUGACAGAGUGUGGCAUUGAUAUCAGAGCAGCCUCAGUGUGCUCAGGAGUGUUCACACAGAUCUUUAAAGAGGAGAGAGGACUGUACCAGGACAAGGUGUUCAGCUUCGUCCAUCUGAGUGUUCAGGAGUUUCUGGCUGCUCUUCAUGUCCAUCUGACCUUCAUCAACUCUGGAGUCAACCUGCUGGUGGAAGAACAAAAAACCUCACGCCAGAGGUUUCUAUUUAGAAACAAACCCGAACCAACAAACUUUUACCAGAGUGCUGUGGACAAGGCCUUAGAGAGUCCUAAUGGACACCUGGACUUGUUCCUCCGCUUCCUCCUGGGUCUUUCACUGCAGACCAAUCAGAGUCUCCUACGAGGUCUGCUGACACAGACAGGAAGUAGCUCAAAGACCAAUCAGGAAACAGUGGAGUACAUCAAGAAGAAGAUCAGUGAGAGUCUGUCUGCAGAGAGAAGCAUCAAUCUGUUCCACUGUCUGAAUGAACUGAAUGAUGGUUCUCUAGUGGAGCAGAUCCAACAGUCCCUGAGUUUAGGAUGUCUCUCCACAGAUAAACUGUCUCCUGCUCAGUGGUCAGCUCUGGUCUUCAUCUUACUGUCAUCAGAAGAAGAUCUGGACGUGUUUGACCUGAAGAAAUACUCUGCUUCAGAGGAGGCUCUUCUGAGGCUGCUGCCAGUGGUCAAAGCCUCCAACAAAGCUCUAAUGAGUGGCUGUAACCUGUCAGAGAGAAGCUGUGAAGCUCUGUCCUCAGUUCUCAGCUCCCAGUCCUCUAGUCUGAGAGAGCUGGACCUGAGUAACAACAACCUGCAGGAUUCAGGAGUAGACCUGGUGUCAGCUGGACUGAAGACUCCACACUGCAGACUGGAAACUCUCAGACUGAGUGGCUGUAAGCUGUCAGAGAGAAGCUUUGAAGCUCUGUCCUCAGUUCUCAGCUCCCAGUCCUCUAGUCUGAGAGAGCUGGACCUGAGUAACAAUGACCUGCAGGAUUCAGGAGUGGAGCUGACAUCUCCUGGACUGAAGAGUCCACACUGCAGACUGAAAACUCUUAGACUGAGUGGCUGUAACCUGUCAGAGAGAAGCUGUGAAACUCUGUCCUCAGUUCUCAGCUCCCAGUCCUCUAGUCUGAGAGAGCUGGACCUGAGUAACAACAACCUGCAGGAUUCAGGAGUGGAGCUGGUGUCAGCUGGACUGAAGAGUUCACACUGCAGACUGGGAACUCUCAGUCUGUCAGGCUGUCUGGUCUCAGAGGAAGGCUGUACUUCUCUAGUCUCAGCUCUGAGCUCCAACCCCUCCCAUCUGAGAGUGCUGGACCUGAGCUACAAUCAUCCAGGAGACUCAGGAGUGAUGCUGCUGUCAGCUGGACUUAAGGACCCACACUGGAGACUAGACACUCUCAGACUGAGUGGCUGUAACCUGUCAGAGAGAAGCUGUGAAGCUCUGUCCUCAGUUCUCAGCUCCCAGUCCUCUAGUCUGAAAGAGCUGGACCUGAGUAACAAUGACCUGCAGGAUUCAGGAGUGGAGCUGGUGGCUCCUGGACUGAACAAUCUAAACUGUACACUUGAAAUUCUCAGGUUAAGUGGCUGUAACCUGUCAGAGAGAAGCUGUGAAGCUCUGUCCUCAGUUCUCAGCUCCCAGUCCUCUAGUCUGAGAGAGCUGGACCUGAGUAACAACAACCUGCAGGAUUCAGGAGUGGAGCUGGUGUCUCCUGGACUAAACAGUCCAAACUGUCCACUUGAAACUCUCAGACUGAGUGGUUGUAACCUGUCAGAGAGAAGUUGUGAAGCUCUGUCCUCAGUUCUCAGCUCCCAGUCCUCUAGUCUGAGAGAGCUGGACCUGAGUAACAACAACCUGCAGGAUUCAGGAGUGGGGCAGGUGUAUCCUGGACUGAAGAGUCCACACUGCAGACUGGGAACUCUCAGGUUAAGUGGUUGUAACCUGUCAGAGAGAAGCUGUGAAGCUCUGUCCUCAGUUCUCAGCUCCCAGUCCUCUAGUCUGAGAGAGCUGGACCUGAGUAAAAAUGACCUGCAGGAUUCAGGAGUGGAGUUGGUGUCAGCUGGACUGAAGAGUCCCCACUGCAGACUGGGAACUCUCAGGUUAAUUGGCUGUAAAUUGUCAGAGAGAAGCUGUGAAGCUCUGUCCUCAGUUCUCAGCUCCCAGUCCUCUAGUCUGAGAGAGCUGGACCUGAGUAACAACAACCUGCAGGAUUCAGGAGUGGAGCAGGUGGAUCCUGGACUGAAGAGUCCACACUGCAGACUGGAAACUCUCAGGUUAAGUGGCUGUAACCUGUCAGAGAAAAGCUGUGAAGCUCUGUCCUCAGUUCUCAGUUCCCAGUCCUCUAGUCUGAGAGAGCUGGACCUGAGUAACAACAACCUGCAGGAUUCAGGAGUGAAGCUGGUGUCAGCUGGACUGAAGAGUCCACACUGCAGACUGGAAACUCUCAGUCUGUCAGGGUGUCUGGUCUCAGAGGAAGGCUGUACUUCUCUGGUCUCAGCUCUGCGCUCCAACCCCUCCCAUCUGAGAGUGCUGGACCUGAGCUACAAUCAUCCAGGACACUCAGGAGUGAAGCUGCUGUCAGCUGGACUUAAGGACCCACACUGGAGACUGGACACUCUCAGGACGGACCAUGGUGGACCACAGAGACUGAGACCUGGUGUGAGGAAGUAUGUCUGUGAACUGGAACUGGACACAAACACAGUACACAGAGAACUCAAACUGUCUGACAACAACAGGAAGGUGACAUAUGUGUUUGAGGAUCAGCCAUAUCCUGAUCAUCCAGAGAGGUUUGACUCCUGUCCUCAGCUGCUGUGUAGAGAUGGUCUGACUGGUCGCUGUUACUGGGAGGUCCAGAGGAGAGGAGAGGUUUAUAUAUCAGUGAGUUACAGAGGAAUCAGCAGGAAAGGACGCAGUGAUGACUGUUGGUUUGGACAUAAUGAUCAGUCCUGGAGUCUGAGGUGCUCUGAUGAUCGUGGUUACUCUGUCUGUCACAAUACCAGAGUAACAGUCCUCCCGUCCUCCUCUGUCUCUAACAGAGUAGCAGUGUAUGUGGACUGUCCUGCUGGCUCUCUGUCCUUCUACACAGUCUCCUCUGACUCACUGAUCCACCUCCACACCUUCUACACCACAUUCACUCAGCCUCUCUAUCCUGGGUUUACGGUCUGGCCUGGUUCCUCAGUGUCUCUGUGUCCUCUGCAGGACUGAGAGUCUCUCCUGUGGACAGAAACACUGACUGAAGACCAGCUGCUGAAAUCAGAGUCCAGUCUGUUCACCAUCACCACUCUGCCCUGUGAAGCAGAUCUGUCUCAGACUCCAACACCAACCAGCCAUGUGUCUGAUUUCAUCUCUUUGAUGAUCAACACGUUAACUUUUUAAUUAGAAACUCUUCAUGAUCAGUUGACUAUGUGAGCUGAGUAAAUGAAACGUUACUCUAAGUUUUUGGUAAUGGAUACGAGCUUUACGUAGAGCUUCUCUCACAUCACAUUUGUGUUUGAAAGUAAGAACUCUGAGGCUGGAAGAUAUUGUGUCAACAGUCGAGCUAACAAACUUUAAUAAGUGACGCAACCCAGUCUCAGGACAGUUCCUGAAAUGGUAUAUCUUAUUUAAUCUAUUGAUUCAUGUACACAGACACGUUUAUCUCUUUUUCUUGUGGUGUUCACCAUGUGUUCUAAACUAAUGUAUUUCAAUGGGAAGCAUCUUUCAUGAUCACAGCACACCUACGGUAGCGAGUAGUAGGAAAAACUAAAUCAAAGUUUUGGGAUAAUUCAACAUAAUAGAUGAUUCUGGAAAUCACAUAUGAAUCAUGUCAACGCCGAAAUAUCAUAAUCGAUCACAGGACAAUAUAUUU